CUAUUUUAAUAGUUUUCGGUCGUCGUUUGGCCAAAUGGUGGUACAUGUAUAAUUGCAAGUAAAUGGCUAAAUGAAUCUAAAGAGACUGUCGUAUAUCCUACUAAAAGCAAAUGCCCUACAAGAUUGGUAAUGUCUCUUGUGGAAGCGCAAAACGACUGGAAGAUAUGUGACAUAACGUUUUUACACAGUUAUAAAACUUUUAACCUAGCUCGUAAAGCUGCUAUAUUGGCCUCCGAUGAUAAACCCAUUGACAGUAACAUAGAGACUGAUUACGAGAAGCCACGAAAACAUAAACUUCCAGCCAAAUUUAUUCAGAGUUUUGAUGAUGACAAUUGUAAAUUCGAAAAUAUGCCGUCAAAACGUAAAUGUCAAGUUGCAAAAGGACCCCGGCAAAAAUGGAAUGUAUGUCGAAUGAGACACAUGAAAAGCGCCAAAAUAUUUGUCAAAAAAAUAGUGUGCCAGCCCCUGCAAUAAAAAUCAGGGAACAACUUGCGGCAUUAAAAAACCAAUUUUCUUAUCCAAUAAAAGCAUCGAAGUGCCACGUAUCAAAUUUGAAUAUAAAAGAGGUCUUGACUGUGA